CACAUAUCCCAGGAAAUGAUAGAAGGUGGCAUAACAUCCAGGAUGUCAGGAAUAAUUGAGAAUGCUGGGCAUCAUCCAUCUCCACAGGACUACAGGCUUCUGACCACGGACCCCUCCCAGCUUAGGGAGGAGGACCUCCCUGGGGACCUGCAGUCUCUGUCAUGGCUCACCUCAGUCGAUGUGCCCCGGCUCCAGCAGAUGGCUGAUAGCAGAGGCCACAGUAACGGACCCCCCCAGGGCAGCCUGUUGGAGCAACAGACAGCUCAACUGAGCAACAUGACUGCGAUGACCGCGGGUCAAGGCUCCAUGCUGCACCUCCAGAGCAACAUGCAGCACAGCCCUCUGGGAAUCAGCAUCAUCAACACCCACAGCGGAAGUAUGUCUCCAUUCUCCAUGAAUGGGAUGCCCUCUCCGGGAUACCAGUGCCCUACCUCAGUCUACCAGUCUGCCCCCCAGCAGGUGUACUCUCUAACCCAAACUGGACAACAGUGUUCAACUGGUGGGCUUUAUAGCAAUGUCUCUUUCAACAACCAAAGUCUUUUCACACAACCUCGUCUGGCUCCACAAGACCAGGAGCUGCAGCCCAAGUCUUUCCCCAAGCCAAUCUAUUCCUACAGCUGUUUGAUUGCCAUGGCCCUGAAGAACAGCAAAACUGGCAGCCUCCCAGUCAGUGAGAUCUAUAGCUUUAUGAAGGAGCACUUUCCUUAUUUCAAGACUGCACCUGAUGGAUGGAAGAACUCAGUCAGACACAACCUGUCCUUAAACAAAUGCUUCGAGAAAGUGGAGAACAAGACGAGCAGCUCAUCCCGUAAGGGCUGUCUGUGGGCGCUGAACCCUGCCAAAAUUGACAAGAUGGAGGAAGAGAUGCAGAAGUGGAAACGCAAGGACCUUCCAGCCAUCCGCCGCAGCAUGGCUAACCCGGAUGAGUUGGACAAACUGAUCACAGACCGCCCGGAGAACUGCAGGCGUAAAGCUUUAGAGGCCGGCAUGACCCGUCUCCCCAGCUGUCCCACUGGCCUCCCGCUGUCCGUCCCGUCGCAGAUGCAGCCUCAGCCCAUAGUCACGCUGUCUCUGCCGUGUUUACCCAUGCACCAGCACCACCAGCUCCAGGCCCAGCUCCACGCUCAGGCCCGCCUCGCCCCCAUGUCCCCUGCCCCGGCCCAGACACCCCCGCUCCACACCGUCCCCGACCUUUGCCACAGUCCACUCACCCAGCACUCCAGCAAGCCGCAUGAAGACUUCUACAGCGUGCACGGUGAUACGCACACAGAGGUGGAUGCGCUGGACCCCAGCAUCAUGGACUUUGCCCUUCAAGGUAAUCUGUGGGAGGAAAUGAAGGACGACAGCUUUAACCUGGAUGCUUUGGGUACCUUCAGUAACUCACCCCUCCGACUAUCAGACUGUGACUUGGGAACAGCCCACCUGACUCCAAUGUCCACCGGAGCAAACAUGCCGCUGUCAGAUGUGCAAGUGACGGGUCUCUACACCUCCUACACCACCCAGGAUCACCUGGUCUCCCAGUAUAUGGGUGCACAGGUCAACAACAAGCCCAUCGCCCUGUUAUGAAGCAGCUGAACUGAGUCGACCUGAUUUAUUCGACCGUCUUUGGAUAUCUGUGGAAGCCAGCUGAAAAAGACUGACGUCAAAAUCUGAAUUAUUUUGUGCUCCUACAAGUACAAAUCAAACUGCUUUCCUACAGUCAGCUGGGAACUGCUUGGAGGAUAUUUUUAAAAAAUCACUUUACAUACAGCCCACAAGAAAAGUGCUCACUAAAACUGUUGAUAAAUUAAGAAGAAAGAACCACUCUGUAAGAUUUAAGAUACCUAGCUUUGCCGAACGAAGACUCAAAGCCUGCAGAGUACAAAGACUCUAUGUGGAGAUGUACAUGUAAGAUAGCAUCCGCAAGUUUUUCUACUGUUCACUCCGCGUUUUAAAGCCCUAACAUACUGUAGAUUCCCGUCUCUUGUCUGUUGUAUUGUGCUAGACAUUAUUGCUGUGAUGUUUUAUUUAUAUUUAUGAAAAGGCAGCUGGAGAAGGUGAUGACUCUAGCAAUCUUUUGCUGUAUAUAUUUGAAUGUUUCAAAUUGCUAUCGCCACAGAAAAGCUUUCUUUUUGACUGAGUUUACCCACUUCAUUCCAAAAUGCCAUUGGUUGCCAACACUUUGAGUAAUCCAGAUUUUACACAUUAUUAUUUUACACAAUGUGAAUAACGUGUCUCAAAGUCAGAUGUAUAUUAUGUUCAUUAACUUGAUCAUAAUAAAAAUCAA